GAUCAUGAUUUUUCCAAACACGAGGAGUGAACAAGAUCGAACUGAGCUCAAUGACAAACCAAAUCAAGCAGUUUGAAGCAACUUGGUUCGAUGACCAGUCCUACCUGAGCUCAAGCUAAUUGGUUGACUGGCAAGGGAUCAACAGAGUAGCAGGGAGGAUUCUGUUUCUGGACCGGGUCGGCCUACAAUUGGCACCAAAAUUGCGGUACUGCAGCUUUUCUCCAACUGAUCUGGACGCACUAAGCCACUAACGGAAGCACCACCAACCACUCUGCGGCCGCUACUACUCUGCUCCCAUGAUUGGCUACAGUAUUCCCAUGAGAAACCUGGCUGCCAUACCGUUUUCUUCUUCCCCGGCUUGGCUCUGGCAUGGUUCGUCGCUUCAGAUGAGGUGGGCAUCGCUUAGUCUUCGUACAAAUGGCCUCCCUCGGCUCAAACUCUUCCUGCAAGUGAGGUUUCAGUCAAGAUGCUCAGCAAUUGAUACUCCGAGACGAGUGCCCGACGAGCUCUCGGAAAUCAUAUUUAUCGGAACGGGAACUAGUGAAGGCAUCCCACGAGUUAGUUGUCUCACGGAUCCACUGAAGACAUGUCCUGUGUGUUCAAAGGCGAUGGAACCAAACAAUAAAAAUAGACGGCUCAAUACAAGCAUUCUCAUUCGCUAUUCUAAUUCUUCUGGAAACAGGAACAUUCUUAUCGACGUUGGCAAAUUCUUCUAUCACAGUGCACUUAGGUGGUUCCCUCAGUUUGGACUUAGAAAUAUUGAUGCUGUCAUUAUUACCCACUCACAUGCGGACGCAAUUGGAGGUCUUGACGAUCUUCGGGAUUGGACAAACAAUGUCCAUGCCUGCAUACCAAUAUAUGUAGCAAAGCGUGAUUUUGAGGUAAUGAAGAAGACACAUUACUAUUUAGUGGAUACAAGUGUAAUUAUACCGGGAGCUGCUGUUUCAGAGUUGCAGUUUAACAUUAUAAACGAAGAACCCUUUAUUGUCCAUGAUCUGAAGGUGACUCCUUUACCUGUAUGGCAUGGAAAAGGUUAUCGUUCCCUUGGUUUUCGUUUUGGAAACAUUUGUUACAUUAGUGAUGUUAGUGAGAUUCCAGAGGAAACAUAUCUGCUGCUCAAGGACUGUGAAAUCUUGAUUAUGGACGCACUGAGACCGGAUCGGUCAUCCGCAACACAUUUUGGGCUACCAAGAGCAUUAGAUGAAGUCCGAAGAAUUCAACCGAGGAGGACAUUUUUCACAGGAAUGAUGCAUUUGAUGGAUCAUGACAAGGUGAAUGAAGAUCUUGCUAAAUUGAUGGAAACAGAAGGCUUAGAUGUUCAAUUAAGCUAUGACGGCCUCCGAGUCCCUAUAAAACUUUAAGUUACUUGUCAUGUGCAUUUAUUCUUUCCACCUUCAUGGUGGACCUUUUUAUUAGCCCUGAAUCGACCAGGGAAAAAUGAGUAUAAAUUUAUCGUUGUACAAUAUCAUGUCCUUGCCAUGACAUAAUGUUUCAAUUUGUGGAGGUCUUCUUCUAUCUGAA